CUUCUCCUCCAUCUCACUCGAAGGUCUUCUUCGACCAUAGUUCAUCGUCAACACGAUUUGGGGGUGCUGUAUCCGUAUUGACCGGUUCACGUCUCGACACCGACACCGACACUCGCUCUUGCCUCCGUUCGAGGGUGCACCUUCGUUCGCUUCCUUGCAGUGGUCGCUUUCUUUUUUCCGCGCGCGAGCUUGGGGCCAUUUCGUUACCCAGGAGACUCAACUCCUGAUCACCACCACUGCCACCACACGAGCACCGAACCACCUUCACUCGCUCUGCACAACCACCACCACCACCACCACCACCAACAAUUGCUCAAGCAACAACAUCACCGACCAGUAGUCGAGUAAUCCAACAAACUACACAUACAUAGGGUUACCCAUUUUCCACUCCGGGUUUCGACCCUGACAUCCAAACAUGGCAUCGACCACUCUAGGAGGCGGAGGGGCUCACUCACAACCAUCCCUUCCUGCCCUACCUGCACAUCUUCAAUCCGACACACAUCUGACUGCCCACCUUGCCAGUCGAUUUCACGUCUCAUUGCCUACCGCACAACUCUCCUCCCACGCGCUAAUAUCACUUAAUACAUAUGCUUCUUCGAGCAAAGGUCCAGAUGGAGGGAAGGAGGGUUCCGCCAUGGGCGGAGCAGAAGAGCUUGCCGAGAGAGCUUUUACCAGACUUGGUGCGCGCUCGGAGAAUCAGACGGUGGUCUUUCUGUAAGUUUGGAGCCAUGGUGAGGAGGCAGUCGAGAAUGCUAACUGUUCUCCAGUGGAGAAUCCGGUUCUGGUAAAUCCACCGUUCGAUCCCAUCUUCUCAAAGCUCUUCUCAACAAGCCAAACACACCACUGUCAGGCAAGUUAGAAUGCGCUGCAUAUGUUUUUGACACUUUGACCACCACCAAGACCGCGACCACUCCUACAGCAUCCAAGGCGGGCCUGUUUUUUGAACUCCAAUACGAUACGACAUCGAGUGUUCACCCAACCCUGAUAGGUGGAAAACUUUUGGAUCACAGAUUGGAGCGAAGCCGAGUUGCAUCUGUGCCAACUGGAGAGCGAAGUUUCCAUGUUCUCUAUUAUUUGUUAGCAGGAACAAGCCCGGCGGAAAAGAACCAUCUUGGUCUUGAGGAUUCUGCUUCAUACGGAGCCGGAGCAGGUCAGAAUAUACGCCACUCCGUAUCUCAUCAGAAAAGAUGGCGAUACCUCGGCCACCCCACCCAGAUGAAAGUGGGUAUCAAUGAUGCGGAGGGCUUCCAGAAGUUCAAGUCUGCUUUAAGGAAAUUGGAAUUCCCUAGAAGUGAGAUUGCCGAGAUUUGCCAGGUAUUGGCUAGUAUUUUGCACAUUGGUCAACUUGAAUUUGAGACGACUUCGGAUACCACGGCCACUGGCGACGACUCUGGUGGCUUUUCCCACGAAGGCUCUCAGACUAUCACAGCUGUCAGCAACAAGGAGGUGUUGGGUAUGAUUGCUGCAUUUUUGGGAGUCAGCGCCAUCGACUUGCAAACCACUCUGGGUUACAAAACCAAGAUGCUGCAGCGCGAGCGUGUCACCGUGAUGUUGGACCCACGAGGAGCCAGAAGCAACGCAGACGAGCUUGCCCGAACUUUGUAUUCGUUGCUUGUAGCCUAUGUUGUUGAAAGCAUUAACCAAAGGGUAUGUGCGGUUGAAGAGAGUGUUGCCAACACGAUUUCCAUCGUCGACUUCCCCGGAUUUGCUCAGCAACGUUCCACAAGUUCCACCCUCGACCAACUCCUCAACAAUGCCGCCACUGAAGCGCUCUAUAACUUCACUUUGCAGAGUUUCUUCGAGGCUAAGGCUGAGAUGCUCGAGAGUGAGGAAGUCAAUGUAGCAGCAACUAGCUAUUUUGACAACUCAGACGCUGUGAAAGGACUGCUCAAGCACGGGAAUGGCCUGCUUAGCAUCCUGGAUGACCAAACCAAGCGCAGCCGAACGGACGCCCAACUCCUGGAAAGUCUCCGAAAGCGAUUUGAGGGCAAGAAUCCAGCUAUAGCUGUAGGUAGCUCAACUGCCAAACUUCCUGGUAGCAACUUUGCCACUCACAACGCAUCUGCUUCUUUCGCCGUCAAACAUUUCGCCGGAGAGGUGGAUUACCUCGUUGCUGGUCUCGUGGAAGAAAACGGCGAAGUCAUCUCUGGUGAUCUCAUGAAUCUUGUUACCUCUACCAAGAGUAAUUUCGUUGGCCAACUUUUUGGCCAGGACGCUCUCCAGAGCAUGGUUCACCCCCAAGAGAAAAACACCAUCAUGCAAGCUCAGGUCAGCUCUAAACCCCUACGAAAACCAAGUGUCAUGCGUAGGAAGGGCGACAGACCAAACAGAUUCGCUGGGAGAGAGAAACCGCAGCUUUUUGGGGACGAUGAUGACGUAGAAAUUGUUGAGCCAGAGAACACACGAAGAGCCCGAAAUCUCGACCAAGGAGCUGCGGGUCAAUUCCUCUCUUCGCUUGAUAAUGUCACCAGAUCUCUUACGGCGCCAAACACCAAUCCGUAUUUUGUAUUCUGUCUCAAGCCCAACGAUCGAAGAAUUGCCAACCAAUUUGACAGCAAAUGUGUAAGAACACAAAUCCAGACCUUUGGUAUUGCAGAAAUAAGUCAGCGAUUACGCAAUGCAGAUUUCAGUCUCUUCAUUCCAUUUGGAGAAUUCUUGGGCCUUGCAGAUGCCGAUAUCUCUCUGAUUGGCAGCGAACAAACCAAGGCUCAAAUGGCCGUAGACGAGAAGCGAUGGCCACAAAAUGAAGCCAAGGUCGGUGCUACCGGUAUCUUCUUGAGUGAAAGAUGCUGGUCCGAAAUCGCGAAGCUGGGUGAACGGGGUUAUACCGCAGGCAGAUAUCAUACUACCUCAGAAGAUGGAGGGGAUGGACUGCUUACCCCUGACCCAAAUGCCACCUUUGGAACGUCCAAAGAUCGUCUCCUUGGAACACCAUCAGGCCCUACACCUUCUCCUGGUGCGUACAUCUAUGGCAGUGACAAGAAAUCCGGUUACUUUGGUAGCCCUGAUGUCGAUACGCGGUCUGAUGCCGGCGUGUCUGCUGCCGGUAAUGAUAACUUGUUCCGAAAUUUUGAUACCAGGGAGCAGCAGGCAGAAAAGGGUAACGAGAAAACCAUGAUUGAAGUCGAAGAAAUCAAAGUCAGCUCAAGCCGCAAGAGAUGGGUUGCCGUGGUAUGGCUGAUGACUUGGCUGAUACCUGACUUUCUCAUCAAGCACAUUGGUAAAAUGCCGCGUAAAGAUGUACGACAAGCCUGGAGAGAGAAGUUCGCCAUCAACAUGAUGAUUUGGCUUAUAUGUCUUUUCGCUGCCUUCUUCAUUGUCAUCUUUCCAAUGCUUAUCUGUCCAAAACAAGAUGUCUUCAGUGCGGCUGAGUUGACAUCAAAGGAUGGCAAAGGGAACAACGAUGCUUAUGUCAGUAUCAGAGGUACUGUCUUCGAUCUCGGUGCCUUCCAACCCGCUCAUUACCCAUCAAUUGUCCCUGCAAAGUCUAUCAUGGCGUAUGCUGGUCUGGAUGCCACAUCACUCUUCCCUGUUCAGGUCUCUGCUCUCUGCAAUGGCGUUGACGGAACAAUCAACCCUCAAGUCUCGCUCGAUUAUUCUAGCACCAACACAACUGGGACCGCUGAUGUGAUCAAUACUGCUACUGAUCUCAACUGGAGGUACCAUGAUUUCAGGGCUUGGAGAACAGAUGCUCGUAAAGAUUGGUGGUUUGAACAGUUCACGAUGCUAAAAGCAAAUUACCAAAAGGGCCACAUUGGUUAUACCCCCGAGUACGUCAAGACUCUCAGCAAGAAACAACAAUCUGUUGCAAUUCUCAACAACAGAGUUUAUGAUUUCACCAAAUAUAUCGCCGGUGGAAGACGAGUUAACCCUAUGGAUGGCGGCGACGGAUCCGUCCCUACUGAUGCUAAUGUUAAUUUCAUGGACAACCAAAUCGUUCAGCUGUUCACAAUUAGAGCUGGUCAAGAUGUAACCAAAUACUGGUUAGCGCUGGAUAUGAAUCAGGACCUUCGCGAUCGAAUGCUGGUAUGCCUCGAGAACUUAUUCUACGUUGGUGACGUCGACACCAGAAACUCCGCCAAGUGCAAGUUCUCCGAGUAUCUCCUCCUCGCCAUCUCAGUCUUGCUUUGCAGUGUCAUCGGGUUCAAAUUUUUGGCAGCCCUUCAAUUCGGCGGUAAAAACGUGCCAGAAAAUCUUGACAAGUUCGUCAUCUGCCAGGUUCCCGUGUAUACUGAAGACGAAGAAUCCGUUCGACGUGCCCUUGAUUCGGCCGCAGUCCAGCAUUACGAUGAUAAGCGUAAACUUAUCGUCGUUAUUUGUGAUGGUAUGAUUAUUGGUCAAGGAAAUGACAAGCCAACGCCUCGUAUUGUGCUCGACAUUCUGGGGGUCUCUGAAACUGUUGAUCCCGAACCCUUGAGCUUUGAAUCCUUGGGCGAAGGUAUGAAGCAACAUAACAUGGGCAAAGUCUACUCUGGUCUUUAUGAAGUGUCAGGUCACAUUGUGCCAUUCAUGGUUGUCGUCAAAGUUGGAAAGCCUUCCGAAGUCUCGCGUCCUGGUAACAGAGGUAAACGUGAUUCUCAAAUGGUCCUAAUGAGAUUCCUCAACAGAGUUCACUACAAUGCACCUAUGAGCCCUAUGGAACUGGAAAUGUACCACCAGAUCCGAAACAUUAUCGGCGUCAACCCGACUUUCUACGAAUUUAUGCUCUGUAUCGAUGCGGAUACCACCGUUAACAAAGAUUCGUCCGCUCGAAUGGUUUCUGCCUUCUUGGACGAUACAAGACUUAUUGGUGUGUGCGGUGAAACCCAUCUCUCCAACGCAAAGUCAUCCUACGUUACUAUGAUUCAAGUCUACGAGUACUAUAUCUCUCACAAUCUCUCCAAAGCUUUCGAAAGUUUAUUCGGCAGUGUUACUUGUCUUCCAGGUUGUUUCACCAUGUACCGUAUCCGAGCUGCCGAAUCUGGAAAGCCGCUAUUCGUCAGUCGAGAGGUUGUAGAGGCCUAUUCGAAUAUCCGUGUCGACACGCUUCACAUGAAGAAUUUACUCCACUUGGGUGAGGAUCGAUACCUCACUACUUUACUCAUGAAGAACCAUUCCAAGUACAAGACGAAGUACUUAUUCAACGCUCAUGCUUUCACCAUUGCCCCCGAUACCUGGAGUAUUUUCUUAUCUCAACGUCGUCGUUGGAUUAACUCGACUAUUCACAAUCUCAUGGAACUUAUCCCGCUGACACAACUUUGUGGUUUCUGUUGUUUCAGUAUGCGCUUCAUCGUCUUCAUCGACUUGCUAUCUACUCUCGUUCAGCCCGUCACCGUUGCCUAUAUUGGUUAUUUGAUUUACCAAGUCAUUGCCCAUCCUUCUGUCAUUCCUGUUGCUGCUUUUAUCAUGCUCGGCGCCAUUUAUGGAUUGCAAGCCAUCAUUUUCAUCCUACGCCGAAAGUGGGAAAUGAUCGGAUGGAUGAUUCUGUAUAUUGUUGCCAUUCCUGUCUUCUCUUUCGCCCUCCCACUUUACAGUUUCUGGCACAUGGACGAUUUCUCAUGGGGUAACACCCGUGUCGUUACUGGUGAGAAGGGUAAGAAGGUUGUCAUUACCGAUGAAGGCAAAUUUGAUCCAUCUUCCAUUCCAACCAAGAAAUGGGAAGAAUACCAGGCGGAGUUGUGGGAAGCACAAACUGCACGUGACGAUCGAUCUGAGGUUUCUGGCUACUCAUAUGGUACUAAGCACCCUGCUGCCAUGUCUGAAUACGGGUUUGCUCCAUCCGCGAUGGGAGGUUACUAUCCAAACGAUAACAAGAGCGCCAACCUUUACAACUCCCAAUCUCGCAUGUCCUUGGCACAUUCCGAUGUGGGUGGUGACCACCGAAGCUUGUACGGGGGUAGUCAGUUUGCUGGUGCACAAGACUUGGAGCUUUCGAAUCUUGCUGGUCUCCCAAGUGAUGACUCUAUCUUGGCUGAGAUUCGAGAGAUUCUCAAGACGGCUGAUUUGAUGACGGUCACCAAGAAGAGUAUCAAGGUGGAGUUGGAGAGACGAUUUGGGGUUUCUCUCGAUGCAAGAAGGGCUUAUAUUAAUUCUGGUAUGUUAUCCUCCUUCAUAUCUUGUCCAUUAAGAUCGUUGCUAACCCGUUUAUUCUAGCUACUGAGGCUCUCCUUUCUGGCGCGUUGUAGUGUUCAUGCUGGAGAAGGUAGUCUUUCAUGUUUGGAGUGAGGGGUUGGAAAGCGGUAACAAGACGAAAAAAUGCAUUUUCUGGAGUAUCGAAUUUGUGUUUUUCCCUGUGAUAAGGGAUGGUUGGAUUGUAGCAAUAGAUGAAUUUGCACCUGGGCAAGGCGGGGAUGAAAGGAAAAACAGUUUCUCUUCUUUAUCCUCAUGACCUCGUGUUUUUCUUUCCUCAUUCUUUUUCCUUUUGGGCGUAUGGGUUGUUGGGUCAUUACAGGUGGAUGACAUGUGGGGUUUGAGCGGUCAUGGAGAGCAGGAUAUAAUAAUACUACUACCUACCUACUUACCUGAUAUUCUGCUC